AUGGAUGAUGCUGCCAUCCUUAAAAAAAGAGGCUACAUCAUGGGAGGGAAUUUAGGAGAGGGAUCUUAUGCAAAGGUGAAAUCUGCCUUCUCAGAACGGUUGAAAUUUGAUGUAGCUGUAAAAAUCAUCGACCGGAAGAAAGCACCUCCUGAUUUUUUGGAGAGGUUUCUUCCAAGAGAAAUAGACAUCUUGGCCAAAGUGAACCACCGCUCUAUCAUAAAAACCUAUGAGAUCUUUGAAACUUCAGAUGGCAAAGUUUACAUUGUGAUGGAGCUUGGCGUCCAAGGGGACUUACUAGAAUUCAUCAAGUCGAAAGGGGCAAUGCCCGAAGACAUCGCUCGCAAGAUGUUCCGUCAAUUAUGUGCCGCUAUUAAGUACUGCCAUGAUGGUGACAUAGUGCAUCGUGAUUUGAAAUGUGAAAACCUUCUCCUAGACAAGGAUUAUCACAUCAAGCUUUCUGACUUUGGCUUUGCUAAACGCCUGGUUCGUGACGAAGACGGCAAAAUCAUUUAUAGCAAAACCUUCUGCGGUUCUGCCGCUUACGCUGCCCCGGAAGUGUUGCAAGGCAUCCCUUAUGAGCCGAAGAUCUAUGACAUGUGGAGCCUGGGUGUCAUCCUGUAUAUCAUGGUCUGCGGUUCUAUGCCUUACGACGAUUCAAACAUCCGGAAAAUGCUACGGUUGCAGAAGGAACAUAGGGUGCAUUUCCCCAAGUCCAAAAACCUGGCCAUUGAAUGCAAAGAUCUUAUUUAUCGCAUGCUCCAACCCGACGUGUCCCGACGGUUGCGCAUCGAAGAGGUGUUAAGUCACAUAUGGAUGCAGCCCAGCAAAGUCAGAGCUUUGUCGACAACUUCUGUUGGGAAAAACGGAGAAAGCUCGCGGACUACGGGCGAGCAAAAGGCGGAGCUGAGAUUAGAAGGGGAGCAGCAUAGCAAAAGCGAAUCCAAACACGCAGCAGCAGCCACCCCCCGGCUGGAAGCGGUGGAGGAAGUAGAGGAGGUGUCCGAAGGGGAGAAACACGACGAAGUAGAGAAGAUUGCAGAGGUGUUCGAGACCAACCUCUAA